UCGCCAUAAUUUGCGGAGUGCUGUGAGUGGGCGGCGCGGAGGGGAAACUGAGGCCAGACCGCGUCGGGCAAGCCCUUGGCUGCCCAGGUUUCCUUCCUCUGGACUCCAGGCCUAUGAAAUGCGGAUUAGGAGGCCCGGGGGUGGAUAGCGGGAGGCAUAGCGCCCCGCACGCAGUGAGCACUCGCUGGGUGUCCGCUGUGUCCCGGAAACACGGUCUUUUUGAAUCGGGGCCCCGGUCCUUGGGGUUCAAGUCGGGGCUCCCUGACCCGGCGCCUCCACUGUUCACCUGGGUGACCUUGACCAGCCUCUUGGCUUCUCGGAGCCUGUUUCCCCCUCCGUAUAACGGGCGUCGUCACAGUCCCUGCAUGGGGUAGGGGGACUUCCCGAGAGGACUAAAGCCGCAGGGCCCCCAGCGCGAAGUGACAGCUCCAAGAGAUCAACAGCGGUUAGUCCAAUUUCACGAGGACGACCUCUGCCUGUUGUGCCGGAGACGGGGGCGAAAUCUGGCGCUGAGGACCGGCUCAUCCACCUCUCGCUGGCUCUGUCCUGAAGCUCCCAGGCGUGUGUCCUCCCACCUCACGAUGGACAACAAGAAGCGUCUGGCCUACGCCAUCAUCCGCUUCCUGCACGACCAGCUCCGGCAUGGGGAGCUCUCGUCUGAUGCCCAGGAAAGCCUGGAAGUUGCCAUCCAGUGCCUGGAGACCGCUUUUGGGGUGACGGUGGAGGACAGCGACCUCGCGCUCCCCCAAACUCUUCCGGAAAUAUUUGAAGCAGCUGCCACGGGCAAGGAGCUGCCACCAGAUCUGAGGAGCCCCCAGGAAACCCCGCCUUCGGAGGAGGACUCGGCCGAGGCAGAACGCCUCAAAACUGAAGGAAAUGAGCAGAUGAAAGUAGAGAACUUCGAGGCCGCUGUGCACUUCUAUGGGAAAGCCAUCGAGCUGAACCCUGCGAAUGCCGUCUACUUCUGUAACAGAGCUGCAGCCUACAGCAAACUGGGGAACUAUGCAGGGGCAGUGCAGGACUGCGAGCGGGCCAUCUGCAUAGACCCGUCCUACAGCAAGGCCUAUGGCAGAAUGGGCCUGGCACUAUCCAGCCUGAACAAGCACACGGAGGCCGUGGCCUACUACAGAAAGGCCCUGGAGCUGGAUCCCGACAAUGAGACCUACAAGUCCAACCUCAAGGUGGCUGAGCUGCGGCUGAGAGAGGCACCCAGUCCCACGGGAGGUGUUGGCAGCUUUGACAUCGCAGGCCUGCUGAACAACCCAGGCUUCAUGAGCAUGGCAUCAAACCUGAUGAACAAUCCCCAGGUUCAGCAGCUCAUGUCUGGCAUGAUUUCGGGCGGCCACAACCCCCUGGGGACUCCCGGCACCAGCCCCUCGCAGAAUGACCUGGCCAGUCUCAUCCAGGCGGGCCAGCAGUUCGCUCAGCAAAUGCAGCAACAGAACCCAGAGUUGAUAGAGCAGCUCCGCAGUCAGAUCAGGAGUCGGACUCCCAGUGCCAGCAACGACGACCAGCAGGAGUGACCGCCCCCCUGCCCAGCGCCAUCGGGUCCUUCCCGGCCAACAGGAAGCCUUCUUGACCUUUUCCGUCUCUUCCCAUUGGAUCGCCCAUGAGAGAAAAAGAACUUGGACCUGCAUGUUAAGCCGGAUUUUUACGAUGUUUACUUUUACCUCCUCCCCUCCCUCCCUUUUUGUACUCUCUCACGGCCCCCAGAUCCUUCUUGAAACAGAGCCAGCAAGCUGUGAGUGCAGACCAGCACCCAUCUCCCUCCUGGCCCCCUGCCCUGAAGACCUGGUCACUAAAGUAUUUUCUAGAACAUUCUGAGGUGGGGGUGGUCUUCUCACUGCUCUCCGAGAAGUGGCCCGUGGGGUGCCGUGGCCCCGAAGCCCCUUCUUCAGCCCCUGCCUGCCCCCCCAGUCUGUCUGCAGGGCCUCCCAGCCCCCAAGAAGCCACUUUCUGAGUUGACUGUGGCCUCCCUGGCCACCCCUGCUCGAACGAGCUCACUGCCAGCCAGCCAGCCCGGCCCAGCAGACCCGGGUUUCACACAAGGAACUCCAGUUGCAAGUGCCCUGGAAGGCAGUUUCUGUGCCCAGCAGGGGCUGAAGCAGACGUCUUGGGUGCACAUGACCCAUUUCUGGGACUUGAAUUCCAGUCCAGUGCUCGGAUGGACUCGGGUCUGAUCGCCAUGCUUUUCCCAGUACUUAAAACUGACAGACUGCGAGGGGCCCUCUUGACCUUUGAGCUGGCUCCUGAGCCUGUCCCAGCCUGGCUGUGUAUCCCAGCCACUGUCCUCUGUCCACAGGUGGUCCUGCUGGCCUGGCUUGCCUGCAUCCUCAGCAGGCUCUCCUCCCACUUGGGGGUUGGGGCUACAGGGGUCCCUAACGGCCACCUGCCUGGGCCUGAGAUCGCCAGGCAGCCACCCUGGAUGUCCCUGCAGCCCAGGGCAGGGUGGAGAGGGUCCCUGGCACCGUGGCUCAGGCCACAAUGUUCGUGAUGGGAUCGCUGGAGGCUCCCUGGUGGUGUCGGGUCGUGUGGGAGGCGACACCAUACCAGUACUGUGUGUGUAGGUAACUCAAGAGAGAGACAGCCCCACACACAUCCCGCAAGGCAUCCUAACUCAUGAGUGCUACCAUGGUGACAAGAUAACGUGUGGGGAAUAAAUAGACAUCGUGACCUCU